AUGACGACAGCACCUGAGUUUAUAAGAGUCAAGAGAAGGAGGGAUGAGGAUUCAGUCCAAGCACUGUUAAUCGAUGAGGAAGUGAAAUCAAAAAAAGCCAAGUUUGUUUUCAAACUUACGAAAACUGUAUAUCAGCAAUCUUAUGAAAAGGAAGAAGAAAGCUACACUCCUCUUUUGAAGCUUUCGAACGAUAAUUCUGGCAAUAAACAUUUUGUCCUAGAACAACAUGCCAAGAAAAGGAAACGUAGAGAUUCAAAUGAGCAAACCAAUAGCCUUAAUGAAGAAGAACUACCCCCAGAGAUUACUGCAAUGGUAAGCGAGUAUUUGAAAAUAAAUAACGAAUCCAGUGAUACAGUUCAGAGGAAAAAACCAAGUAAAAAGCACUAUUCCAGCCAAGUAGCAAAUUUACCAAGUUUAGAUUACGUUUAUGAUAUUUAUCAUCUUGAAAAGAUAUCCGAUAAUGAACCUUUCAACAACACAGCCAAUGUUGGAUUUGUCAAAAUACUAAAUAAAGAUAUUGAUCUUCUGCCUGAUGAAAGUGAUGAAGAAAAUGAUGACUUUCUUUCCGACGAAGAGGAUUCAAAUGAUGAAAAUUACUAUCAAAAUGACUAUCCGGAAGAUGAGGACGAUGAUAGAUCAAUUCUUUUUGGAAGCGAAGGUGAAGAGAUUGCAUCAGAAAAUGGUGAGGUAAGUCCGUGGCCAAAACUACCUGAAGAGACACCAGAAGAGAUUAAUACUUAUCAAGAAUUAUUUGAAAAAUUUGAACAAAGCCAAGAUAUUCUACAGUCCUUAAAUUCAGCGCAUGUUAUUGAUUUAGAUAUGAUGAAAGAAUCCUAUAAUGAUGAGGACGAAGACCGAGACGAGUUGGUAGAAAGUGGUGAUUAUGACACCAACGAAAAUACCGACGUUUAUGAACGAAAUGAUUUUUUCCCGACAGAUGAAGAUGAUCCUUUAGCACAGCAUAGGGAUAGAAUUUUUGCACAACUGAAAAAGAUGAUUGACAAGGAAUAA